UGCCUCUCAAAGGAGGCGAGCCGUCACGCCGUCACACAAAAGCAAGAUGGAGGAUCUCGCAGUCGAAGUAUGCGGCGAAAACGGAGCAUAUUAUAAGGCCUUUGUCACCGAUGUUUUCGAAGAAGAGGUCUUGGUAGCGUUCGAAAAUGACUGGCAACCUGAAUCGAAGUUCCCUUUUGCUCAAGUACGCCUUCCGCCAAAAGAUGGCCCGAAACCUGAGUACCAAGAAAAUCAAGAAAUUGAAGUAUUUUCACGGGCAAAUGACCAAGAAGCGUGUGGAUGGUGGAAGGCUAUCAUUAAGCUGACAGUCAAUAACUGGGACACUGUCGAUAACCGGGACACUUACGUUAAGCAGUUAAACCUGAAAUGCUCUAACAACAUGGAAAACUUUGUACUUCAGAUGAUCAAGGGAGGCUUCCUGGUUGUUGAAUACUUGGGAUGGGAGUAUGCGUAUACUGAAAUAGUUGCCAGUGAGAGACUGAGACCGAAGAAUCCCAACCCUCCCAUCGAUAAGAAUGCUUUUCAUAAAAUUGAAAUCGAAGUACCUGAAGAAUUAAGAGAGUUUGCGAAGAUGGAUAAUGCACACAAGGAAUUUCAAAAGGCAAUAGGGGCAGCGGUGUGCCGAUAUGUGCCUGAACGGGGAGUAUUGCUGGCCAUCUCCCGUCACGAAAAUAUGCGUCGUCACAGUAGCAUGCUCCAGGAAAUGCAUUUUCGAAAUCUUUCGCAAAAGGUACUUCUUUUGAAAAGAACAGAAGAGGCAGCUCGCCAGCUUGAAUCAACGAAGCUUCAGACGAUUGGAGGCAAAUUUAGAUCAUCAAACUUUAUAUAUCAGCGUGUCUCAGACUAUGAGGCAGGAGUGAGAACAUAUUCAAGGUACACGGACGAGUUCAACGUUCGAGAAGAUCUAAUGGGUUUGGCUAUUGGUGCUCACGGGGCAAAUAUCCAACAGGCCAGGAAAGUCGACGGAAUUACUAAUAUAGAGUUGGAAGAAAAUUCGUGCACAUUUAAGAUUUACGGAGAGACGCACGAAGCUGUGAAGAAAGCGCGUUCAAUGUUAGAAUACAGCGAAGAAUCAAUUCAAGUACCUCGGGUCCUCGUUGGGAAAGUGAUUGGAAAGAAUGGGCGUAUUAUUCAGGAAAUUGUCGAUAAAAGUGGCGUGAUAACAUCUGGCUCGAAUGGGAAUGUACAUACUGAUAGAGUAAGAGUUAAAAUAGAAGGAGACAAUGAACCUCAACCGACUAUUCCACGAGAAGAGGGUCAGGUGCCCUUCGUUUUCGUGGGUACAGUUGAAAGCAUCGCAAACGCAAAGGUUUUAUUGGAAUAUCAUUUAGCUCAUUUAAAGGAAGUGGAACAACUUCGUCAAGAAAAGCUUGAAAUCGACCAGCAACUCCGAAGUAUGCAUGGCGCUACAACAGGACCAAUGCCCAAUUUUCCUCCUGCGAGGCGAGGAAUGUCCUCGGGACCUGAGGAGGGCGGUGGAGGACGUGGAGGUCGGGGCGGUCAAGGAGGCAGAGGGCGCGGAGGUAGGGGAAGAGCACCUCCUAGGCACAAUACUGGGAUGCGUCGAGACCAUAUGGAUGGAAAUGACGAUCGUAUUCGUGAUCUUCCACCAAGAGGGGGACACCAAGGCAUGGGAAACUCGGGUUAUGGUGGAAGACAGGGAAGACCUUCAAAUCAACGCAGAGAUCGUAGGGACGAGCGACGACGAACGACAGAUGAUGAAGAUACGGUCCUCGACAGUCAGGACGUCUCAAGCGUCGACAGAGAGUCAGUAUCAAGCGUGGAAGGCGGUCCUAGGGGCACGAGGAGAAGACGAGUGCGAAGGUUUAGACAUCGCAGUUCCACACCCUCGACUGGGAUGCCAGGUAGCAAUGCAGGUCCAGGGGACCAUGGUCAGUCAAACGUAGCCAGCAAGGAGGGAACACCUUCGAACGACAUAAUGCCAUCGAACAACAGUAGUUCUUCCCAGGGUCAGGGUCAAGGCCAGGGCCAGGGCCCCAAGGGACAAAGAGAAGCGCGUCCUCGUCAUCCUCGAAUGCCCCCGGGCAACAACAAGCCGAAGGAGACUCUGGUUAAUGGCACCAGUGGCUAAGGCAACUCUCAUCCACCAACAAGCUGAUGAAGACGUUUUCCUUUCCCCCCAAAAAAAAACAACAACGUAAGAACGAAGACUACUACUCUAUCCCGAAAAAAGAGCUACUAACUAACAUCAUCAGUAGGCGACAUGACGCAUACCCAUCUACCCACUCAAGGACUACACGAUUACGGAACGCGACAUGAUUUUUAGUCUGUGCUCGUUGUUAAGACUGUUUGCUACCGAUAAGAAUUAUGACACUUGUUUAAGAAAUUGUCAUCCUCCUCCUCUUCCUCCUCCUCCUCCU